CAGUAAACAGUAAACAGAUUGUUGUAGCCUGCUACACCAAGAACAAGCUAGUUAACCAUACCCUGGACGGAAAGGCAAAACUUUCUUCCCGUAGUGAUUUGGUUGUCCUGUUUGUUUUAGUGGAAGACUGUAUCUGAACCUCCUUCCCCCUCCCUAUCCUCGAAGACCUCCACCACCACCACCUUUUCCUCGUCCUCUGCCUCCUCUUCCCCCUCCAGCUGCCCCUGUGAUGCCUCCCUCAUGCUGUGGCUAUCUGUCACAGUACACCCAUCAUCAUCUGGUUGUCUUCCUCCUCACCUUCUUUAGCUAUGUGUUGCUGCAUGCAUCCAGAAAGACCUUCAGCAAUGUGAAAGUGAGCAUCUCAGCUCAAUGGACACCAUCUAUCCAGAAUGACAGUGGAUCUGCGUUCUCCCCUGGCGAGACAUGGGAGGACAAUCGUCUCUUUGCAGAUGAAAAGCAGGCAACUCUGUUUCUGGGAGCUCUGGACUCCAUUUUCCUCUUCUCAUAUGCAGCGGGUCUGUAUUUGAGUGGCAUGAUUGGGGACAGAGUGAACUUGCGCUACGUGCUCUGCUUCGGCCUGUGUGGCUCUGCUGCUGUGGAAUUUGUGUUUGGCACUCUGACCGAAUGGCUCCACAUCUACAACGUCUAUCUGUACUGUGGUCUGUGGGUGCUGAACGGCCUGCUGCAGUCUGCCGUCUGGCCCUGCGUGGUGGCUGUCAUGGGCAACUGGUUUGGCAAGACAGGGCGUGGAUUUGUGUUUGGCUUGUGGAGUGCUUGCGCCUCAGUGGGCAACAUCCUGGGGGCCUUCCUGGCGUCUAGUGUGCUCAAGUAUGGAUAUGAGUAUGCCUUCCUGGUGACCUCUGUUGUGCAAUUUGCUGGUGGGGUGGUGGUUUUCUUCGGCCUCCUCACUUCCCCAAAAGAAGUUGGUUUGAGCUUGGAGUCAGAGACUGGACUCGGUCCAGUAGAGACAGACACAGAUAGCCAUCAGCCUCUGAUGAGUGAUGAGGAGGAGGAGGUGGAGGAGGAGGUGUAUGACAGACGAUACCGGUCACUUCAGGAGACUGAUGAACCUCCAGUUGAAUCUCCACAAGCUAUUGGCUUCUUUCAGGCUUUCUGUCUACCUGGAGUUCUACCUUAUUCCCUGGCUUAUGCGUGUCUAAAGCUGGUCAACUACUCCUUCUUCUUCUGGCUUCCAUUCUACCUGAGCAAUAACUAUCGUUGGAAAGAGGCGGAGGCGGACCGCCUGUCUGUAUGGUACGAUGUUGGAGGAAUCAUCGGAGGAACAGUUCAAGGUCUUAUUUCAGACUUUAUGGGAAAGAGAGCUCCUGUGUUGGCUUUCAGCCUGGCGAUGGCAAUGGGAGCCCUGGUGGGAUACAGCCGAUCACCAAAUGACCAGGUUAUAAAUGCAGCCAUCUUGGCUGUCACCGGCUUCUUCAUCGGUGGUCCAUCCAACAUGAUCAGUUCGGCCAUUUCCGCCGACCUGGGGAGGCAGGAUGCCCUGCGGGGCAAUCAGGAGGCUCUGGCAACCAUCACUGGAAUAGUGGAUGGAACUGGAAGUAUAGGUGCUGCUGGAGGACAGUACCUGGUUUCUCUGAUUGAGAGCAAGCUGGGCUGGAUGAGUGUGUUCUACUUCUUCAUUGUUAUGACAGGAGGCAGCAUUGUGUUCAUCUUCCCUUUGCUCGUCAGAGAACUUCGAGCCAUGUGGAGAGACAGGCGAGUCCUGCGACACCAGCUGUGACAGCCGUAGAGACAGUUGCUGUUUUACACAGUGAAAACCAAAGUUUUAUAACAUGCAUAUAGACUUUUUUUUUCCAGUGAGGAUACGCGGAUUCAGGGGGUUGAGUUGAAGUGCCUGAGUAAGGAAAACUUUGAGCUGCUUCUGGCUGUCAGAGCAGUCUGCGCAGGGUUUGCAGGGCCAUCACAGAAUGAAUGACUGUAUAUAUUUUAGGGUGACAAAGAAUGUAAAUACCUAGCUUUUUAAAUGUUGAUGUAUUUUUUUUUUCAUUUUUAACUUAAAUAUCAGACCUGUGGAGACCAUCUGAGGUCAGAAUUAAGAAUGUGAAUAGUGAUUGUAAUAUAAAAAUGAAUUUUUAUUUAUGUAAUUUUAGUCAUUUUGGUCUAGAUGAGAUAUUUUGCACUCUUAACAUUUGACUUUCCAUGUUUAUUUUGAUAACGGUGUUUUACAUUACGUGAGGUGAUACGGUUCGGUAAAGAUAGUAGGUGUUAAUUUUUCCACCCCAGGUCACACCACUUCAGUGUUGACAAGAUAAAAUGCUGAUUGUCAGACUGAGGAGAGUUUGUACUGCCUACAAAGGAAAAGUACAAGAGGGAAAGUUUACCAAGCUUUCCCUUCAUAGAUACUUGAUCUGUUUUGUGUACUUUAUUUUGGAUUCAAGCUCAGCAGCUAAACUGUAAAUCUUGUGAUGAUGGGGACUGGUUCUCUUGAUUCUGUAUACCAUUCCCCUCUUACUUCCUUUUCACUUGAAUGUUUACACAUGAACUUUUCAUGUCUUAUUUAACACUAAAUCACAAUUAUGCUUCUCAAUGUUAUUUGUAACUGUAAAUCUAUGUGGACGUGAAAAGCUAAUACAACUACGUCACAAAUGCAGCUAUUUUCUCAUUUUUCUUUGAACAGUUUGUUUAAUUGAUCAGAUUCUUUGAAACUUUAUUCAUUCAUUAACACAUAUUGUGUUACUGUAAAUGACCAUCCUCUGUAGCAGUCUGUGGUUAAGAUUUGUUUUAAUUUUUAUUCAUAAGACAAGAUAAUCUUUAUUAAUCCCACAUGGGGAAAGUUCACUGUUACAGCAGAUCAAAAAGAGAUCAAACAAGAGUUAAAUAAAAACUGAAAAUAAAAAAUUAAAGUGCAUAAUUAGC